AUGUGUGAAGAUAACGCCAUGUUUUACAACGCAAAUGGAGGGGAAGACGUUGAAACUGCCAGUUGUAGUUCCGGGGGAUGCCCCUCUUUUAACUGGGCGUUGUUUGAGGGCAUUUCAGGGUCCAUUACACCGUCUAUUAAUUCACAGAAACAACCGAAAAAUGUUAAAAUUAAUAAUACGACGACGCCUUUAUUGUCUUCUCCUCUCAAAAAUUGUUUGGAAUUUUCGCCUACUUCUAGCAUGGAGAUUGGCGAUAAUGCUUUGGCUAAGUCUGUCCCUUGCGAUCGGUUAGAAAUUAAUUUUUAUAAAGAUUUGGGUUUAGAUACGGUUGGACCUCACUAUCAGCAGACAAAAUAG